CUUAUUUUCAGUGGUUGAAUUACGAGAUAAGUUUAGUUUUAAAUUUAGUAUCAUUCUGGUGCUUUAUUACUUGACAACAUUCAAUAUACUUUCUUAAAGACCAAUAAAUUUGUCCAAUUUUACAAAAACUCUUCACCUUUCUAUCCACCCCGAUGUUAAGAUCAGUGUACUCCUAUCAUCUUGAAAAACCGUCCCCCGGGGUUGAAUUUCUUCUCAGACUCGAACGUCAAGUAGUAUCCAAGUCAACCACACAAUUAGGAAAAUUAGCAUUCGAUUAUUACCAUAAACUCUGGGCCUUGAAACAAACGGGAUUUUCUCACGGAAAUGUAAUUGAAAUUAAACAUUUCGAGGAAUUGGGAUAUAUGAACCUACAAGAAAUACGACGCUUACUAACCAGAAACAUUGAUACAAGAAUUGGUUACAUCACUACAGAAAGACAAGUGCUUUGUAACAAAAAUUUUAACGGAGCCACUUAAAAAAAACUUACGUAAUUGGUUAUUCAAUCACAGCGAACAAUACGUCACGUCCACCCUACCAAAUACAAUUUACUCCGUUCAACUGGAAAUUUGCAACAGCCUACUCGAAGGAUUAUCCUACCUUCAUUCACAUCACGUCAUCCAUGGAAGUAUAAGUCCUCAAAAUAUUUUGCUAAGUGAUAAAACCCAGUCCCCCCCAUUGUCCGUCUUGGUUACAUUUAUUCGCCCGACAUCGAAUAUUUGUCACCACAACUGAAGCAUGGCCGCAAUCCGUCAACCCUUGCAGGAGACAUAUUUGCACUUGGUCAAGUAAUGCAACAAAUAGUUCUCAUGGAAAUAUUUGUACGAUUGUCUCCAUUCAAUGACCCUACUAGAGACAUUCUACCAAAUCCCGUAUACAUGGAGCUGGAUAGCCAUCCAUUGUUUGCCAACGCGAAAGAAGUAAUUUAUGGGGUGACUCAUUACGACCUAAAGAAAAGAACCAAGAAUAUCUCGACGACUCGGUUUCGGUGUCGUGAUUCCGCCAUGCUUCCUUGCCUUAGUCAUUCAGCGGUAGGUGACAAAGGGUUGAGCAAUAUUACCCUGGGGAGAAUGUUGGGCGAGGGAGCUUAUAGCACAGUAAUGUCAGCCUACGAUAAUAAUAAGAAAAUACCAUGCGCCAUAAAAUUUCUCCUGAGAUUUGGCAUGGACCGGGAAGAUGACUCAUGUCUCUCUACUAGCGAAUCCUUCUCCGAAUUUGCCAAUUUGCAUAAAGUUGACCAACACGAAAAUCUAGUUAAAGUGCACCAUUAUAAGGACGUAUUUCUCUCCCGAGCUCAAUUCCUGUCACUACAGUCUGAAAGGGUUACGCUUUAUCUGCAAAAUCGACAAUUCCUUGGCGGCCUGGAGAUACCUAUGAUUCAAAUGGAACUUUGCGGACCAUCUUUAAGGGAGUGGCUAGAAGAUGAAGAUAGGCCUGACAACUAUGAUACACAGCUUUCCAUUAUCAAUGACUUGGUAUCGGUAGUUAACCACAUACAUUAUCGUGGACUUCUACACAUGGACAUCAAGCCAGAUAACAUUUUCUUCUCAGUGGGUCCGGAAACUUAUUCUUUGCCAAUUAAGCUGGGAGAUUUUGGAUUGUCAUCAUACGAAUUAAAUAUGGACAAAAUAACCUUGGGACUCGAGCGACAAGAGCGGGACAGGUUACGGAUACGGUUAAAAUUGCACUAUAAAUAUAUAAUCCGAGAAUAACUGCUAUUAGAUACCAAAGGUAAUAGCUAUUUGUUUGUAAUAAUUAUUUGCAAGACUGCGACCUGCGUUACUCUAUGGCCUCGCUGUGACGACGAAUCUGCUUGUUAUGUAUAGUAAAUACAGUUCGUGAUGAUGGUUAUUAUACCGAGGUAGCCGACAUUACCACCUUGUAAUAAGUUUUUUUAUAUCUCGGUAAAAAAAAUUGUUAAAAUGACGGAAAAGUUGAACAUGUAAUCACAAAAUGGUAAUAAUUGUACGAUUAUUAAGAACAUAUUCAUAUAUCUUGAUACCAACCAGCUCCACGAUUUCUACUUUUUCCACUUGCACAAAUUUUUCAGCAAGCUAAAAUGAUACAUCAUUUUUAUUUUUGUACUUUCCUACUGAUAAUUAGAGCCAUUCCUAUGCUCCUCGAUUUUACUAUUCAAGAUAUUGAAACUCUAAUCCCGGCGAGGUCAAUCCUCCACUUAAUAAGCGACUUCACACCGACCCGUGAACCAGUUUGGGAACAAGGGCUAUUCAAAUUUCUAUUGCGUAGCCAAAACUUUCCCAAGGUCUUGCGGCAAAUGAGAGCAGCACAGGAAAUCAGUAUUACGAGUCUUGUCAACUAAAUGAGUACAUCUUCUCCAAAUAUUUUGGACAUUCUGUUACCCAACUGUAUUUCAUAUUUCUGCAUAAAUUGGAAACGGAUUUUGAAAAAGAAAACAUGCUGGAUACCCGGGAGCGAUUAAGUUACUGUGGGGAAAAUCCAAACCAUAUAUUUCACAUUUUAAGUGUGAUGAACCACAGAAUGUUUAAUGUUGUUCCACUGGCAGUGUCAACGUCUAAAAUGUUUGUACUCCAUGGUAGUCGGAAUGGUGAUGAAUUACUCCAACGAUUUGUAGUCUGUCUUCCUUACGGUCCAAAUUCUUUAGUUGAACUUAAACCAUCAAUACUAAACGAUCACCCUACAGUACUUGAGUCGUCAUGGAAAAGGUACAAUUCCGACGUAAAAGGGUUAUCGCUUGAAUCAAGUAUUGCGACCAAGUUUGAUCCAGGAGUACACACAUGUAGCGGGAUUCGACGUGGAGGCAAAAUAUUUUCUGGGCGUGGAAUCUGUACCCAUUCAGUGCUUGAGAGGAAGCUCAACUUUACCUGUAUCCUUUCAACUGGGGAAACAAAUGCAAGCGUUUUUAACGAUGUUAUCAAUUAUAACGCUGCUGUGACCAAGGCUGCAAUAGAGCAGGGAUUUUUGUAUCCUGUAUACGCAAUAUAUUCCUGGGUGCCGCAUUGUGGGCAUAGAGAAGAAUUUAAAAUGGCAACAGUCUCCUUCGGAAAUCGUCACUUGGAAGGAUUAAGGGCUCUCGUGAUGCCUCUAGACGGCUAUACCUGGGCAGCAUCGGGGAUAUCGUUAACCCUCUUGGCAGUCCUUCUGACCACAGUCUCAUUGAAGGAUGGUGGUUCAUUUAAGAAGGGAAUAACGUUUUUCAUUCAAUCAUGGCGGUGGAUUCUGUCAUCUCUAUCCGCCCAAUACCAUGGGACUUCAGCCAUUUUGAAAGCAGUACCGCAUUUUCCAAUGUUAAUUAUAAUUUGCCUCUUGUCCUUUUUUCUCUUGGGGACUGUGUUUUAUCAAGGGUCAAUGUUUUCCUCUCUAAUCGCCCAUACCCCACUUGGUGUCCCGUCAACCCUGGAAUAUGUUGUCGAUUCAGAAAUUCAAAUUAUUACGACUAGCAGAAUUGAGGCGGGUACUCGCAAGCCAACCACUCUCUUAAGGUUCAUCAUGGAUGACGACGUAAUUGGUGAGAUGAAUCAGUCUAGAAAGUUAUUUAGAACUUUGACAAAUCUCAAAUCCAGGAUAAAUUUCAUCUUUGCCUAUUACAUGUUUGAGAUUGGGCUUAAUAUUUCUGAAGGAAAUAAGGUUGAAUUUGAAGAUGGCGCCUUUAAGCGAGUUAAGGAUACAUUCGCAAUUACCAAUGUGGAUUUCGAAUUAGACGAAGUAUUGGUUGGUGUUGGGGCAAAGAGAGACCCGUAUAUUGUUAAGCACACAGAAUCGCCAAUAUUUUUUUUUAAUUCGCCCAUAUUUGUUACUCGAGGUUGCAUGACUUCUUUCAUAUUUGAAAGUUGUGGUCAGUUAGCGCAAUCUGGGUUGUAUCAGUGGUGGCAUGACUUAGACGUUUUAGACAUUUUGAUUGGAAACGUCAAAGCUGGAUCGGAUAAAGUGCUGCCUCGAAAAGUGAUUGCUACGAGAUUUUUUGGGGCAAAGAAAGAAGUCGUGUUUGAAGAGGCGAAGCAAGUCCCGCUGUCUGCAUUGGUCGGAGUGCUCGGGUUGUGUGGAGGGAUAUUAGCUGUCGCUGUGCUAGCGUUCGUUCGAGAAAUUUUGAGCAAUCAGCCCUUUAAACUUGUAGCUUGCAAAUGUAAACGAACUGCUGGUAUGUUGUGGUCAGUGGUGACGAUUCAAAUUCGUGAAGGGCGCAGGGUUAUAAACAUCAACUUUUCUUUCCUUUCCCAUUGCAAUACUGGAAUUAAUGAAGAAAGUGUUUCUUGCUAACUGAAUUGGAUUUACUUAUUUAGGUGCAUAUGUACGCACUUUUCUUCUAAUUCCGUAGUUUGUGGUAUGAACCAAAAAUACGUGAACAACGUUUCCAAUUUUUGCAAACAGUAAAUAACUGGAUUAUAUACAAAAUGCAGGGAUGUAAAAAUUCAAAAGGACGUUGAAGAUAUGGCACUAUAUAAUUAAUGUAUGUAUCAAUUUAAACUUUAGUGAAAAAAGUAUUCACAUUUCGUAAAAUGUUAUACCAGAUUGGUUUAUUGUAAACCACAUUAUCAUAAAUAAGUGUAGAAAACGCUUGUUAAUAGAAGGAUAGAAGUGAUAUGACUUCUUACAUAAGAAUGCUAAGUUAGAAUUUAAAAAAAUGUACCUUGGCAAGAAUUCGUUCGCUUUCCACCUCAGAGAAAUUCCACCAAAAAUUAAAAAAAUAUGAUUUUGUUUUAAGCUUAUCCUAACCAAAAUGACUAUGUUGGAAUCGCAUAGUGAAUUCGGCUCCUGACUGGUCUCGAAAUUGGAGAUCAUUUAUUUUGGAGACUAUGUAAAUAAUUUCUAACAUUGUAGAGUUUCAUCUCUCUAAGAAAUAGAGACAUUAAAUUAUGUAUAUAAAUAUAUUUACAUAAUUUAAUGUCUCCAUCUCAAAUAGGUUUCUAUGAAUUUAUGUCUAAUGAUGUACAUAUUUUUAAUAACAAAUCAACAGUUUCCUCGAAAAAACAUUCAUGCUGUUAAAUAUGUAAUGCUUACUUUCCUUGAAGAUUUUACAUCUCUCAAGAAAAACUGGUGUUCCGUUAGAUCCGGUUUUUAGGCCUUUUAAGAUGGCCUUAUAGAUUUACCAAGAUGUCUGUCUGUCCGUCUGUGCGUCCGUCUGUGCGCACGAUAACUCUCUUUAAACCAAACCUAUCGAGUUGAA